AAAUAUUCACUGGGCACCUAUGAUGGAAGCGCCGACAAACUUCUCGGUGAAUCCAACAUUUUCUACAACAAUGAACGAUGAGGAGUCGGUUAGCGGAAGUUCUAGUAGCCGAGUUAGCAUGAAUGGUGCCGGUGACGCUGUGUGGAUAUUAACAAGUGCAUUCAUCAUCUUUACGAUGAUUUCUGGAUUUGGCCUUGUAGAAUCUGGUAAGUUGUAUUAAUCAUUUCUAGUUGUCCCUGAUCGUUGCUGUAAUCUCUCUUUUUUUAUUUCAAACGUUCUCGAAUAAGAAGGCGUUCAUUGAAUGUAGAUAUUUGGUUUACACUUCUUUUGCUUAAAACGUUCCUGUUUCGCAGGCGAUAUGUUCCUCUAAAGCCUGAAAGAUGGUAAUUCAUUUUCUGAUACUCUUCCGGCUUUAACAUUUCCUCGACCAACAGUUGUAGAUAUAAAUAACACAAAAAAUUGAAGAAACUGUUCAACGCAAUUAAUCAAGUGAAUGUACAGUUUUUCAAAAUACGCGUCUGGCUUUUCUCCUUUUUCAUCGCGUAUUUUAAAAUUUUGACAUUCAUUCGAAGCAAAUAACAUCCAUGGCUCUAGCUCGAAAAAUAGUAACUUAUUAAAGCGGCAAUAUUUGGCACGUUAAAAAAAAAUAGAAGAAAAUUUUCGUGAUUUUUACAUUUCAUAUUAUAUUUAUCAUGACAAUCAUCCGUUUUCCCGUGCAAAUUCAUAUGUUGCCUGUAAUUUAUUAGCAAUACCUAUUUACCAAAAGACAAGGUAAUUUAUAUCCAGAUUUACUUUUCUUAUUGCUGAUCGUGUCACAUAAUCAUAUCCCAAUACUCGCUCAAAAUAUUUUCCCUUUUCUGAAUGGCUUAAGUCCCCCAGCCAGCAAGCGUGGACCAAAUUUGGAAAAAAGGGUGUAAAACCAUCAUAUCAGUGCGAUUCACGUCAUUCGUAGUGAUAUCGAUAGGAAAAGGGGAAGUCUGACGUCAUGCAAAGAGGCAGCGGCUCGGAAGACAAAAAUAUCCCUCGACGGAUGACAACCGCGAUGAAAAAUAUCUAUUAGAUUAAACAUUCCUUCACGUGGAACAGGCAAAUGGCAAAUCGAUCUGUACUUACAAAAUUUACCGUAAAAAUGAAUUAACUACUAACUUACUUGCUUUAUCUUUUUUCCCUUUGGAGCUUAGCCUAAUAGCUGAUCUUGCAUCAUCUGAUAUGCUUGUAUCCUUAGGUAUGGUCUCUAGGAAGAACGAAGCAAACAUUAUGGUAAAAAACGCAGUGGAUGUCAUAUUUGGUGGUUUAGGUUUCUGGAUGUUCGGUUUUGCGUUUACUUUUGGAAAUGACCGUGGUGUGAACGCGUUCUCUGGAUUCGGAAACUUUUUUACGGACGCAGAAGAGACACGCAUGGGAGAGGUGUUCGCUCUUUACUGCUUCCAAGCUUCGUUUGCGACAACGGCAACAACCAUAGUGUCAGGUGCAGUCGCUGAGAGAAUGAACUUGAAAGCCUACAUCAUCUUUGCUUUUACAAACACCCUGACAUAUUGCUUCCCAGCCCACUGGGUGUGGGGAGAAAAAGGCUGGUUAAAGGAAAUGGGUGUGAUUGACAUGGGAGGAGCCAGUCCGGUUCACCUGGUGGGAGGAGUAGCAGGGCUAGUUGCCACUAUGAUGUUGAAGCCUCGAGUCGGAAGAUUCAAAAAUGAUCCAGGCGGUAAAUCUUUAAGACAUAACAUGGGAUGUCCAACUAACGUUUUACUUGGUAGGUUUCGUCCUUUACCGUCUGUAAACAUUGUGAUUUGACACGGCGUGAUUAGCCUGUUCCAGGCUCCAAGAUAGCUCGUGCAGUAAAAAGUGAUGCGAAAAGUGGGGGCUGGGGAGAGUUCUCUUCUCCAGAUCGCGCGCGUGCUAUCUUCGCAUGAGUUGUUUUAUUUUCGCGAGUCGCUACUACCUAGGGGCCCGACGCUGACUACAGGGUGAUAUGUAGUCCCAACAUAUCGGCCACUUUACGCGCUAAGAGGGAUUAACCGGGCCCAUUUUUAUCCUAAAGGGUCUCGCAGAGAUGAAAUCGGCCUAGAAAGCAGGUCCAUUGUCGCCCUCACCAUACGUUUCCCGGACAAAUGACUAUACUUAUCGACUAGCUUUGACUGUUUCAACAAGUCACGUAAAGAACAAAUUGAAUUACCCCCUGAUGACCUUUGCAACAUAAUCUCCGUAUUUUGACAAAAAGGUGUGCCUAAAAUGCCCUUGCGACCCUUUUUGGUCUCGUUUACUGAACACCUCUCCUAUUUUGGUUAACUUUACUUUUCAUUUUUUUGUGUUCUGACUUUUGUUAUUAUGCUUAAGUUAACGACGAUACUUUUUUCACUGUUAUUAAUUACUUUUACAUGUAGGUAUGUUUAUGCUUUGGUGGGGCUGGCUGGGUUUUAACUGUGGCAGCACUUUUGGGGUCAGCGGUGGUAAAUGGAAACUUGCUUCACGGUCAGCAGUGUGUACCAUAAAUGCCUCUUGUGGUGGUGGAAUGUUUGCUACAUUCUACAGCUACUUUAAAUGCAACAGGUAACUUUUUUUUCAUCAAUUAAUAGUUUCCAUAACAGCGUACAAAAAUUUCGAUGCAAAAUUUUAUCAAUGAGCAAGAGGCCAAAAAUAGAACUCUGGAGGCCUCGCUAGCCUCCCUUUCGCGCAGCUAGACCCAGGCCGUUCGACAGGUCCACCAUAUUUGUAUUUGUUGUAUUGUCCCUUGCAAUAAGAAAAAACUCUGACCAACCAAGAAUCAAACUAAAAUAGCAAGGAAGAAACUCCAACACAAACCCAGUAAGUCAAAUAUUUGUGUAGCACUCGCUUCGACAGUAAAGGGCAAGUACACAGGCCGUUGAAGGGGGUCGUGUUCUUGUCUUACCGAUGAGUAUUAACAAGAAAGAAACCGCUGUUCAUGGCUGCCACUGUGCGGUGAUCAUGGUUGGGCGCAAGAGAGGGUAUUGGCUAUACCACGUGUUUAGUGUUUUCCUUGCUCUUUUGUUCUGUUAUCAUUGAAAACUAUCAAAUGAAUGCGAACGACAUUCAAGCCGCGCAGAAGGUCGCUUAUUUCAUCUUAUUACCAUAGAAACGGCUAUACUUUCUAAAUUUCUUCUGCAGGUUGGACAUUCCUUUCUUUAUGGCGGGUAUACUUGGUAGCCUGGUCAGCAUCACGGCCAUUUGUGGGGUCGUGAGGCCUGGGGGGAGUUUAGCUAUUGGUUUCAUUGGUUCAGCUAUCGCCAUCUUUGGUUGGCAAGUUCUGAACAAAUUCCACAUCGAUGAUCCUGUCGGCGCAGUCUCCACCCACGCAGGUGGAUCAAUAUGGGGAAUGAUAGCUGUUGGCCUGUUUGUAGAGAAAGACAGCCUUCAGACGCCAUUCUCAUCAACAUAUGGUGCUUUCAAGGGAGGCCAUGUUAGAAUACUGGGAGUACAGCUGUUGGCAUGUGUGGCCAUUACUGCGUGGACUCUUGUUACUGUUACAAUACAACUUGUUAUCAUUGACAAGUCUGUAGGGCUCAGAUUGUCGCUGAAGGAGGAAAUACUUGGAGCGGACGUUUGCGAACAUGGAAUCGACCAAUCGCAGAUAAAUGCUGAGUGUCAUUUGAAGCCAGUUCCUGCUUUGCAAAAUAAAGUGGUCCCAGGGCAGACAGGUGAGAGACAGGAAAGUGCAGAAAUAGGUUUUAACGACAACAAUGCGAGCCAAAUCAAUGACACUGAGUUGGUAGAUUAUCAAGAAUCUUAUGAUGAAAUAGCAAGCGAUGGCGUUCUACAAAGAAAUGCAGAUAUCCCAGGCAUCAUGCAGUCUACCCAAGAUGGAUGCAAACCAGACGAUAACGGCGACAUUUCAACUGAUUCUAGUAGAACGAGGUGGAGAAGAGCUCUUGAAUCCACAACAGAAAUUAAUACCUUUCACAGCAUGGGCAGUGAAGAGCAAAGGAAAGCAAGGAGCUCAUUCUCGCCUUUUAGAAGAAAAACGCCUGUAAUUAUAACUCUAACGCCGGCGAAUGAUGAUCGUGCAUACAGGCUAAGUGUUGGUGACUUGAAAAAUUUCCGGAAGCAGUGA